AUGCACCAUCCUGAACUGCCCGUCUUCGCUUUCAUCACUGCCUUCCUCGUCCUCACACCCCUCAUCUGGCAUUGGCGCUCUGGAAAUGUCGCGGUCAUCGCCAUUUCCCUCUGGCUCUUCGUCGUUGAUAUUAUUUAUGGCGUCAACACCAUCGUGUGGGCAGGAAAUGUGAACGACCCAAUGCCUGUGUGGUGCGAUAUCACGUCCAAGAUUGUUGUGGGCGCUUCUUUCGCUCUUCCCCUGGCCACCGUUUGCAUAUGCAAACACCUGGAAAUGGUCUCGUCGUCCCGAAAGGUCUCCUACGACAUUGCAGACCGUAAAAGACGCAUGAUAUUCGAAGGCAUCAUGUGUUUCGGUAUCCCUUUACUCUUCAUGGCUCUUCACUAUAUUGUCCAAGGCCAUCGCUACGACGUGUUUGAGGACUUUGGCUGCCAAGCUACGGUCUACAUCUCCAUCCCAGCCAUCUUCAUCAUCUGGUUCCCGCCUCUACUGUUCUCUGUUAUUACGCUCAUUUACGCCGCGCUCGCUCUCAACAACUUUAUCCGCCGCCGCCUCACAUUCGCAGCGCACCUGCAAAACUCGAACUCGGCACUCACAACGAACCGCUACCUCCGCCUCAUCGCGAUGUCCCUGACAGAGAUGGCAUGGGGAACCUCCCUCACCGCGUACAACCUCUGGAACAACGUAUCGCCUGGACUGCGCCCAUGGACGACCUGGGCGGAUGUGCACAGCAACUUCUCCCGCGUCGACCCGUUCCCGCUGUCGGAAGUCCCGCCUUGGUUCACCAAAACUAUGAUGCUCUUCUGGUGGACGAUGCCGGCCUCUAGUAUCAUAUUCUUUGUUUUCUUCGGCUUUGGAGAGGAGGCUCUCAAGGAAUACAGAAGAAUCUGGGGGUGGAUCAGGAGGAACGUGUUUAGGAGACCAGAGGUGGAGAAGACAAAGAAACCUUUCGGGAUCUUGUCCCCUAAUAGCUCCCACCCACCGCACAGCGCCUUCUCCCACCUCUCCCAGUCAACCAUCACACUUGCGCCGAGCCCGGGGCCCACGUCCUUCACCCACAAAUCCAAAUUCGAGGAAGCGACCAAGGACACGGAGUACACCCCCGACGCCGCACCGCCCUACUACGCGUCAUACCCACCCACGCGCACACAUAUCGCCGUGCCCAUCGAUCCACUAAGGGAUACACGGUCAAUAAUGGAGCCGCGCGCGUCGCUGGUGUCCAGUGCCCCAGAUGAAACCGACACGUUCACCAUCUCCACGUUCUCGUACUACGGCGCGCAGCCCGCCUCCCCUUCGUCGCCGACGUCGACGAUUAUGGUCCCUUCGUCUCCGGCGGUUGUGCCGCAUAGUCUGCCGCCGCCGCCGAGGCGGUUCCCCAGACAGGCGCCGUCGUCGUCGAGUGUGCGGACGGCGGUCUCGAACGCGGCUCCGCGUGAAGAGGCUGAUGAGGCGCAGUACGACGCGUCCCCUCGGCCUUCGUCGCUGGUAUUGUGCCCUCCGAGUCCUGAUGGCCUCGAUGAGCGUCAGGAAAUAGGUACUUUGGGGGUCCCUGGUGGUUCAAUCUUGGUGACUGUCCACCGACAAGCAUCGCUUGACCGUGGAGCGUAA